AUGAGCUGGGCUUAUCUCUCUAAACGCGCACAGUUACGCACAGAAAAUGUCGCCCUUCUUAAGGAAGGAUUCCAGGAAGCUCAGAAAAAUCCAUAUCACAGAACUGACAACCCGUCGGGAAUAAUUCACCUGGGUGUAGCUGAGAACCAGCUCAUGGUAGAAGAACUACUGCAAAGGCUUCCAACACUAUUAGACCUCGAAUCACGACACCUCCAUUACGGACACAAUACUGGCUCACAAGAACUACGUACUCAAGUAGCAAAACUCAUCAACAGAUAUUUUAAUGUACAAUCUGAGAUACUGCCCGAACAUAUUACCGUCCACACGGGAGUCACCAGCGCAAUAAACGAUUUGGCAUAUGUAUUGUGUGAUGAAGGAGAUGGCAUCCUGAUCCCCACACCCUAUUAUGGAUAUUUCGACCAAGAUCUCUAUCUCAAAGUACAUGCCCGCGCUAUACCAGUUCAUAUUGGAUCAGCAAGAGAAAUAUUUGACGAGCAAGCUCACAUCGAACAAUUAGAGUCGGCUUAUUCUAAAGCCACCAAAGACGACAAGAUAAACGUCCGCGCUCUCCUCGUCACUAACCCACACAAUCCACUUGGACAGUGCUAUCCACGUCCCGUACUUGAAGCACUGUUAAAGUUUGCCAGUAGCCAUAAAUUGCAUAUUAUCUUUGACGAGAUCUAUGCCCUAUCUGUAUUCGACCAUGUGUUAGAGUCAAGGACACCGUCAAAUUCAAUGAGGAGUUCCCUCUCGAGAGUCAAACAACCGUUUAUGUCAGUAUUAGCGCUGGAUAAUCUGGAUGAAUUGAUUGAUCCGGCCUUUACUCACGUCGUUUAUGGACUAUCCAAGGAUUUCUGUCUCAACGGUUUCCGAGUAGGAUUUUCCAUUAGUCCAUAUAAUCAAGCCCUCCGAGAGGCUCUGAAAAAUAUCGCUGAACUAUCGUGGGUAGGUACACCAUCAGAAAACAUUGCAACAAACCUGCUCGCAGAUGAGAACUAUAUCGAUUGGUUUCUUACGACAAAUCAACGUCGUCUUUCCGAAGCAUACUCUCGCGCAAUAACCCUAUUAUCAGACGCUAAGAUUCCAUAUCUCCCCGCUCAAGCGGGUCAUUACAUCUGGAUUGAUUUACGAGAAUAUGUGUCAGGAAGUAGAAAUCAGGAACACGAGUUAUUCAGAAAGAUUCUGCAGAAUGGAGUAUAUAUUGCCUUGGGUGAUGCUUUUCAUUCAGAAGAACCAGGAUGGUUUAGUCUGACAUUUGCUGUUGAGGGGGAGAUGCUUCGAACGGCUGUAUCGAGGAUUGUUGAAGUUUUAGUGAAGUUUAGAGAUAAUUGA